GGGGGGAGCUUCUCCUGGAUAGACUACGGUUUUUGCAAGACAGGUUUUCGGGGGGUGCCUCUUUGCUGUAAGCAGUCAGGUACCCGUCGCUGGGAGUCUCUCCCUGGCGUCAUUUAUUCAUUGGGGGGGGAUACCCCAUUUCCUCCACGGGGGGGGGGGAGUUUAUCCGAGGGCAAUUCCUCCCCUCACCCCUGUUCUCCGUGUUGGCACCGAGGAGAGCGCCUGGUGGCCAGUUGCCAUCUGCUAGGCUCGGCGACGGCGGAGGUGUGUGUGUGUAUGUGUGUGUGAGCCUGGGGGGAGGAGGUUGUUUGGAACUUUGCUGGCUCGGUAGCGGCGGAUCCCAGGGGAGAAGGCCGUCCGCUGCUCGCUCAUUGGUCGCCGUGCCGUCAGCUGGUGCGAUUUGCUGCUGUCGCUUUUGGCGCUCGGCCAUCCAGAAACAAACCACUCGCAUGACUACUAAUAGUUAUAGCCAGAUGUACUAAUACACAACAAAUCAAGGUCUGGGAUCUGGGGAGCGUCCAUGAGUUCCUAUUUCGUGAAUCCCGCUUUCCCGGGAAGCUUGUCGAAUGGACAAGAGUCCUUCCUGGGGCAGAUCCCCCUCUAUCACCCCACGGCUGGCUACGAGGCUCUAAGGCACUUCCCAGCUUCUUAUGGGACCGGCAGCCUGCAAGAGAAGCCCUACUCCUCCCCUAGCUUCUUCCAACAGUCCAGCCCCAAUACGGUCAUCGCCUGCAACCGGGCAGCCUAUGAUUAUGGAGCCUCUUGCUUCUACUCGGACAAGGACCUGGGCGGUGCCUCCUCGCCCUCCGGCAAUGGCAAACCAAGGGCCAGCAACCCCGGGGACUACUUGCCCUGCUUUGCCUCUGACCAGCAGUACAAGCCCGAAAACGGGGCAGCCAAAAUCCUAAACGAGGAAAACAGCGACCGGAAGUACAUCAGCCCUGUUUACCCUUGGAUGCAAAGGAUGAAUUCGUGUGCUGGUACAGUGUAUGGAACGCAUGGGAGACGGGGCAGGCAAACCUACACCAGGUUCCAAACGCUAGAGUUAGAAAAAGAAUUCCAUUAUAACAGAUAUUUAACCAGAAGGCGUCGGAUUGAGAUUGCAAACGCUCUUUGCCUUACUGAACGACAGAUUAAAAUCUGGUUUCAAAACAGGCGGAUGAAAUGGAAAAAGGAAAGCAAAUUGAUCAAUUCCACCCAGCCUGGCGAAGAAGAAACAGAGGAAAAAUCAGGGGAGUAAAAUUAUGCUUAAGAGAAUAAACCAUCUAUUAGUAGCUUUUUCCUUCAUCAUCAUGCCUCCCAGUUCACACACAAACACACACACACACACACAGCCCUACAAAUUCAUUGGUUUAUUAUUCUUUUGUUGUUGUUGUUUUGCAGAUAUUUCCAAAGGCUUAAUUAAAAUACAUAUUUAUGCAUCUAUCUAUAUAUGUUUUCAGUAAACUGUAAAUUUCUAUAUCAGUAGCAUUAUUGAUAGUAGAAAAGGUAAUAGUCAGAUUUCCACUCUGUAGAUUUAGGUGCUUAAAUGCUUUUGACAUGAGUAAUGCCUUUAUUUCCUUUAAAAAAAAUAAAAAGGUAUUUAUAUAAAACUACCAAUUGAUGGUCCAGCUUCUCCGCAUUAAAAAGGGUCAGACCUGGAUCCAGAGAGGGAUUCUAGAAGGAAAGAGACCUUCUUCUGCAUAUUUUUUUUUUACUAACUCACUUAAACAAAUAGUUGCGCUUUGUUCUACCCUUUUUCAUCUCAGACCUGAACCCAUUGGUUUGUAAUAAUAUUGAUUUCUCUGGGACUUUAUUUGAAUGAUGUUGCACAUGGCAUCCUCAUGUGGUUUAAAGAAAAGAAGAAGAGGAAAUGUUAACAUGCAUGCACAAUUCCCAAUACAUAAUUAGGAUUUUCAAAAGAGAUAAUGGGUGGGAUGGGAAAUACAAUUCAAAACCUUGCUGAUCAUCUGCUGUAUAUUUUAAUUUUUCUAAAGUAUAGAUUUAAAAAAUUAGCCUUUCUAAAAGGGUAAAAAGGAGUGGGAAAAAGGAGGGAGACCUUUGUUGAUGGGCAGAUUACUAGGAUCCAUGUGAUUAUUUAAUAUAAUUGAUCAUCAAGUAUUUUCAAUUUCUUCUUCUAUUAACCUAGUUUAAAAUUUCUUUAUCUGUUAUGGAUGUGUUCUUCACCCAUUUAAUUUUUUUAAAAAGUAUUUAGAGAAGACACCCCAAAUUUAAAUAAGAAUACAGCUAUUUCAUACUCUUGGUGUGCUAGAAAGUGCAGGUGAAGGCUUUAUUUAGUAGUAGCAUGAAAUUAUAUUAUAGUGCAUUGGUGCCACUAUGUACAUAUGGAAGCAUGCAUAUUAUAUUUUAAUAAUAUGAAAAGCAUAGCACUUGGACUAUAAAUCUGACUAAUAAUAAUAAUAAUAAUUUCAUAUUCUCCUAACUAAACAACACCACCAUGCUUAUAUUUAUGAGGUGGAGAAAAUUUGCAAGCCUGAAAUCUUCCUGAAUUUUCUCUUUCUCUGUGUCUCUUAAAAGCCCAUGAAAGAAUUCUAUUUAAAAAAAUACUGCAGGACAUUUAUGUUGAAUACAAAUUUAAAAUUGGCACUGGCUUUAAAAAUAUAUCAAUACUUCCUUCCUCUUGAAG